AUGUCUGCAACAACUCCUCCUCCACCGGCUCAUCUUCAUACUUCUUCUUCAUCUUCUAUGAUUGGGGCAUCGCAUUCGGCUCCAAUUCACAUUCCGGCAUAUGGAUCACAGGUAUCUCAAUUAAGCUCUUCAUGGAUGUCAUCAUUGUCAUCCACGAACGCAAUUAUGAAUAACAAUAGUUCGUCAACCACCACAGCUUCUGAAGUAUCCGUGGGUGGUGUAUCGGAUGAGAAGAUCUAUCCUCUUAAUACCCAGCAACAGCAGCAACAGGAUCAGCAGCAACAGCAGCAGCAGCAGCAUCGUCAUUCGAAAUUAAGCUAUAAUCCAUGGGCACCCUCCUAUAACUCGUCUCCGAUUGUGGACUAUACGGCUGUGAACAUUCCAUUUAUGGAGAUUAAGGAUAUGGCGAUUGCGGAACAGUUGACCUGCGUUGAGUAUGGGCUUUUCAUGAAACUGAAGCCAAGAGAUAUGCUCCGCCACGUUUGGAAGACCAAGAAGGGAUCAGUGGCGAUUCAGACAUGCAUUUCCUUCUUUAAUUUUAUCUCUUUAUGGGUUGCAACCAUGAUUCUUCUUCCACCCAAACCCAAGCACCGUGCUAAGAUGAUGGAGAAGUUUAUUUCGAUUGCCAAGAUCCUACGUGAUAUGGGCAAUUACAAUACGACAAUGGCUAUCAUUGGAGCGUUGAACACAUCAUCGAUCCAUCGAUUGACACAUACACGCGAGCUAUUACAGAACAAAGAGAUUUGGAACACAUUCAAGGAGCUGGAGCAUUUGAUGGGUUCUGAGCGAUCCUUCUUUGAAUAUCGUGCAGCCCUUCGAGCGACCAAAGGACCGUGUAUUCCUUACUUGGGUGUACACCUUGCUGAUUUGUUGUCGAUCAGUGAAGGCAAUAAGGAUUUCCGACAGGGACCCUUACCGACGAUGACAACGACCAGUGAAACUAUGACAAACACAACAACGACAACGACCAUGACAAUGAUUGGAUCUACAAUGUUGCAUUGGCAGAAGUUUGUAUUAAUGACAGAUGUGAUCAAUAUGGUGUUGAGCUUUCAACAGGAGGCUCCUUCUUCCUCAGGAGCGGCAGUAGCAACAACAACGGCAACAGCAGGAUACCAUCGGAUCCAACCAGAUCCAUUCAUCUCUAGAUUGAUUACAGAUACACAUGUGUUGAAUGAUGAGGAGCUGUAUGCUAAAUCGGUGAUGGUCGAACCACCCGCCAAGUUGAAUCAUUCUCGCAGCCUGAGCAAAUUCACAUUCUUUUGA